UCCGCCGGCCGGCCGGCCAGCCAGUUGCGACCGAGAGAGCGCGAGCAGCGCCUGCGAGAGAGGCGAGGAAGGACCGGGGACGAGCGAGGCCGGCGCUGACAGGAGCGAGCGAUGGGGGCGCUUGGGCGCCGGGUCAGUCUCAGGCUGCUUCCUCCGCCGCCUCCCCGCAGGGGCCCUGCCUGACUGACCGGCCCGCCAUGGAGCCGGAGCCCCCGCCGGGCGCCCCCAACGCUGGAGGGGGAGGGCGGAGGUCAGCGCCCCCACCUCCCCCGCCGCCCCCACCCCCCGGACCGCCGCCGCUGCCGCCGCCACCUCAGCCGCAGAACGGAUUCUGCCGAGAGUCAUCAGCUGAGCAUGAUCCACCUUCUGCUACAGAUGUUGAACAGAUGAACGUUUCUUCUCCUGUGCUUCCUUUGAAUUCUGGCAAUGACCGAGUCGAUCAGCGAACUUGCCUUAUCUGUGGAGAUCGCGCAACGGGGCUGCACUACGGUAUCAUCUCCUGUGAGGGCUGCAAAGGCUUCUUCAAGAGGAGCAUUUGUAACAAGAGGGUGUACAGAUGCAGCAGAGACAAGAACUGUGUCAUGUCCCGCAAGCAGCGCAACAGGUGCCAGUAUUGCCGGCUGCUCAAGUGCCUCCAGAUGGGGAUGAACCGGAAAGCAAUCCGAGAAGAUGGCAUGCCAGGAGGCAGGAACAAGAGCAUUGGGCCUGUCCAGAUAUCUGAGGAAGAGAUUGAGCGCAUCAUGUCUGGGCAAGAAUUUGAAGGGGAAGCCAAUAUCUCUUGGAGCAACAACGGGGACAGUGACAACAGCUCUCCUGGCAACGGCGUGUCUGAGAGCAACCAGCCCUCCCCUUUCUCAACUCCAUCUUCAAGUAGGUCUGUGGAGCUGAAUGGAUUCACUGCACUCAGGGAUCAGUACAUUGGGACACCAGUAUCUGCACACCAUCAGUACCUUCCGCACCUUCUGAGCUGCCCUGCUCAUACCGCCCUGCUGCCACCUCAGCCUCGAAGCCUUGACCCUCAGUCCCAUGGCCUCCUCAUCAGCCAGCUGGUGUCAGCAGAGGACUUGGAGCCCUUGAGCACCCCAAUGCUGAUUGAAGAUGGGUACAAGGUGACUCAGGCCGAGCUCUUUGCGCUGCUCUGUCGGCUGGCGGAUGAGCUGCUGUUUCGGCAGAUAGCCUGGAUCAAGAAGCUGCCCUUCUUCUGUGAACUCUCCAUCAAGGACUACACUUGCCUCUUAAGCUCCACAUGGCAGGAGCUGUUCCUGCUCUCCUCCCUUACAGUUUACAGCAAGCAGAUAUUUGGGGAUCUGGCAGACGUGACUUCCAAGUACUCUCCCUCGGAUGAUGAGCUGCACAGAUUCAGUGAAGAGGGGAUGGAGGUGAUGGAGCGGCUUAUCUACCUGUAUCGCAAGUUCAACCAGCUGAAAGUCAGCAAUGAGGAAUAUGCAUGUAUGAAAGCCAUUAAUUUCCUCAAUCAAGAUAUCAGAGGCCUGACAAAUGCAUCCCAGCUGGAGCAGCUGAACAAAAGAUACUGGUAUGUCUGCCAGGAUUUUAUGGAGUUCAAGUACCCGCAUCAGCCAAACCGCUUCCCAGAUCUGAUGAUGUGUCUGCCAGAGAUACGCUACAUUGCAGGGAAAAUGGUGAACGUCCCACUGGAGCAGCUGCCCCUCCUGUUUAAGGCUGUGCUGCAUUCCUGCAAGGCCAGCAUGAGCAAAGAGUGAGCUCUCGUUGCACCCCACCCAUCCCUUAACUCUGGUGCCUCCGGCAAGGGGAAAGAAGAGGAGCCCACGGCCCAGGCGGUUGGGAAUGGCCGUGGCAGGGCAGUGGGUCGCCUUGCCAUCGUAGCAAGAAAUCUUUUUUUUAAACCUUGUUUCCUAUAAUAUUUAUUUCACGACAGAGUUGAAUGUAUGAUCUUCAACACAGCGUGUUCUCUUGCAGUUUACAGAAUGUGAAGAUGUUUGUUGCAGUGUUUUAGGGUUAGAUCUUUUGUACUGGGGGGAGGGUGGGCCGGGGUCGAUGACUAAGACUACCUCAAGGAGAAGGUGCUGUUCGGGAACUGCUCUUUCCAUGGGCCGCACCCAAAGUGUUCAUCCCAUCAAGCAACCUGUUGCCCUUUGCAGCCAGGAUCUGUUCCGCCCUAGAGAAAUGCCAAGCUAAAGGGUAGGCAUGGCUGGCCAUUUCCAGCCACUCCCCAGUUCUUUUGCUGCAAUAAAUAGGCCAUAGAACCUCCCCGGAUGGUUCUUCAAGUAUCUUCACCCUUCCUUCCUUCCUUCCUUCCUUCCUUCCUUCCUUCCUUCCUUCCUUCCUUCCUUCCUUCCUUCCUUCCUUCCUUCCUUCCUUCCUUCCUUCCUUCCUUCCUUCCUUCCUUCCUUCCUUCCUUCCUUCCUUCCUUCCUUCCUUCCUUCCUUCCUUCCUUCCUUCCUUCCUUCCUUCCUUCCUUCCUUCCUUUUCCUUUUUUUCUUUUUUUCUUUCUUUCUAGUUUAAAGUCCCUGCAGGUGCUCCAUAAUUGGCAGCUCAGUUUAUGUUCCUGCAUACGGGUGCAACUGUAAGAAGGAAACAUGGUAGCUGGAACAAAAGGUGAUAGGUUAUAAGGUAUACUUGCCUGCCUUACAGUUUGCAAAAUAUCACACCACCUUGGCUGUUGAAAGGGCUACGCAGGCUUGCCCGCAUUAAGAGGCUUUAACGCAAAUUGCUUGAACUUGAAAAGGCUUUCUCCACCACCACCAAAUGUUAAGGCUGCAGAGUCCUCCAGGCCCCAGAUCCUUUUGCAAGCUUGAUGCUUGGCACCUCUCUAGGGUUGAAUCAGAUGCAGGUUGGUGUGGGAAUGCAGAUGGACAAGGCAUGCUGAAAGGCGAGCCUGCCUCAGGCCUUGCGAAAUGCCUCCUCCAUCUUUGGCUUUGGGGCGCUCUCCCAUGGGACGAAGCCUGACUUGGCGACACCAAGGAAAAGCCUAUUUUGUUGAUCUUCCCUCUCAAUGGUUUUGAUGCUGCUGCUGCUGCUGCUGAUUGCCAGCAAAGUGAAAAACGGGUAACGGCUGCUGCUGCGACCAGAUUUGUUGCUUCGUGACCCUUCAGACUGGAGUCACGAUCCCUUUGCUUUGUUCCUGUUGAUCCAAAUAGCGGUUUUUUUUCCUCAGGAAGGCCUUCUACUUUGACACAAUAUACCUCAAUGGGCAGCGGGAAGAUUAGAACAUAUUCUCUGUGUGUCUGUCGGCCUGCCUGUCAGAACAUGGCUGUAUUUUUGUUUUUGUAAAGAGCUUUCCACAAUAUGGCUCGUUAUCCUUUGGGUUGCUCGUGUUCAUCAGGGAUACUUAUAUUGCACAAACGGAAGCUGGACCCCCCCCCACUGCUGAUGGUUUUUUUCAGCAGUGUUAAUAAGGGUUGUUGUUUUUUUUAAGCUAAUAGAUCUAUGGCCACAUGUUUGCUAUAACCCCCCCCCCCCCACCACCACCAUCUUUCCCCUUUCAAAGGUGGCUUGACUUAGGAGGAGCACAUCAUACUAGUUUGCCUUGAGUAGCUGGAGCUGUUAGUGGGGGCGGGGGGGGGGGGUUUGCCGCCCAUGUUCUCUGCUCCUUCUUUUCAGUGCUAGCAGCAGUUUCCACUGACAAAGACUGUUUAUGUCUCUGGAACGAAAAAACCAAACUGAGUUAACACGAGGCAGAAGACUAAAUCUUUAACGGCAAGCUCAGAAGGUAGCUUGCUUUGCGACUGGCAGUUAAUGCCUCCUGCAACCAGAGUCUAACUAACGACGGGGAGUUUGGCUGAAGGGUAAAGUGAAUGUAAUGCAUUGCGGACUCAGGUAUUAUGUGAAGAAAAUAGAACUGUAGCUAGAGGCGUAGAGACCGUAGGUCACUCACUAGAUGGAUUUAUGAAUUUGGUUUGAAGGACACCCUACAAAGGUUGGAAUUUUUUUUUGUACUAUUCUUCACUCAUCAGUCAUUUCCCCCCACCCUGCAAAGGGACGUAAGCAAUACGGUAGCGAGUGCUUGGGAGGUUAGCGGGGCACUGGGGUGAAGGAGAACAGAGUAAGAAGAUCCCACAUCCAUUAUCUUUGGCUCUUCCUCCUGGGCCUCUGGCUUUGAAAAAUCCAUCUGCCGUAGCAGGGCCCUGCUAGUUUUUUUCAACAUGGCCUAAUUUUUAUCCCUUCCUCGGGGGAAAAAAAGAAUGGCUAGGCCAACUCCUCUCCCCUGGUAAAAACUUGGGCCACAGGAGUUGCUUCCAUAAAGUCAGGCUGCUGUAGCCAUCUCUUUAGAACUAGGUAGCCACCCAAGCAGCACACGUCUCUCUCCAGACACCACUUCCUCCUUCGGAAGCUGAACAGGGAGCCUGAAUUCCCCUUUGCCAUUCAGUCCAGUCCUUCAAACCAACUUUUUUGUUGUUUAUAAACUUGAACUUCUUUUGUCUUUUAUUUUAUUUCUAAAGGAAAACAAAC